CAAAUUGGCACACAAAUUCGUGAAUUAUUUAAACAGUUUGUAUUUAACUGCAGUCAUAAAUGCAUCAACCAUGAGUUUUGAUACGGGAUUUCUUUCACAAAAUUCACAAAGUUCACAACAUUCAUGCGAUUCAACCGAAUUCGAUGAAUUGUUCGAUUUGGAUCGGCCGCCAACUUGUUCAUUCAGCAGUUUUUCAUUGCCCACCGGCAAUUUUCCCUCUCAAUUGAUUCUGACGAAAAGCACACAGCAAAGAAGCGAUUUCGAUAGUUGUUUUGAUUUUACAUCAAAUUCGUCGAACAGAACACAGAGAAAUUUUCGCAGAUUCGAGACUCAAACAACGAUUUCAAGUCAAAGUCCAGUGUCAACAAAUAGCGAUAAUUCCAAAGAAUCGAAUUUGGAAUCUCGAUCAUCGUCCGGCUUGAAUGAAUAUUCACAAAAUCAAAGCAAUGAAUCGAAUGAAAGCGUUGAACAUUCAGAGGAAAAAGCAGACCGAGAACAACAGUUCUCACAGAAAUCCGCAGAUGAUGAAGAAAAUGUUGAUGAAGAAAUGCCAUUGACAGGCAGCAGUGACCAAACAGUCCUUUACGAUAUGCCCGAUUCCGUUCUUCCAAUAAUUGAUCCGAUCAUUGAACUGUUCAGAAAAAUCCGAUUGCAGUAUUCUGAUAAUGCAUUUGUUUACGCUCUAGCGUCGAAUAUGUGCAAAGAUAUUUAUCCAAAGAACAGUCACAUCUCACUCAAAAUGGCACUUUUGUUAAGCAUCGUCUCGUGUAACGUUGAGAAGAAUGCGCAGCCAAUUUCGAUAAUGGCAAUAACACGUGAUUCAGCCACCGCUUCAUCCGUCAUGAGAAACAUGGGGAAUUGUGCUAGACGAUUCGUUUGCAUAAAUGAUGAUUUAAAAUUCAACGGAAUUUGUACAAAGACCAAAACAAUCGAGGCAAAUUCGUUGCUAAUGGCACGCAAUGGUGUGUGUUUUAUCGGUGAUUGGUUCGGUCUAAAGGCGUCAUCGUUGAACUAUUUGCAAAACGUGGUGGACAGUAGCCGAGUGACAGCCGAUCGAAAUUCAAACAUUGAAUACGCCUUGAACUGUGCAAUUUGGAUGUAUUGGUCAUGUUCGGCCAAGAAAAUGAGCCAAAAUCAAAAAGACCUAACCACUAUAUCGAAGCUAUUUGGAAUCCCCGUUGUGUUAGAUGAGAUACCAAGUCAAGAUGUUAUUGAUUUUCUUUUUGCACAAUGUUCGUCACAUCAGACGACUGCAGAAGACGAUGAUGAGGGCAAUGUAAUUGACGAGAAUGCAAUCAAAACCUAUUUGAAUAUUGUGUCAGGAUUUCCAACCGAGUUCGAUCAAGAAGCAUUGGGAAUGCUUAAGUAUUAUUUUAUCGUCACCAGAGCAAUGCGACCAAACAUUUUAACACCGAAAAGUUUUGACAUUCUUCAGCGAUUGAGCGAAUGCCAUGCGAAGUUGUGCCUGCGAAUCCAGGUAUUGAAAAUCGAUGUGACAUUUGCCAUUGAGCUGUUUGAACAAUUUGUACUGAACGUUUUUGCCGGCCAAGUCUUGACCAAGCCAAUAGCAAAUAGUUCACCGACCGGUUUUCAGCAGGUUGACGAUAAUAUGCGAGAAUUCACACAAUGGUUAAUAGACUACUUGUCUAACGUCAAUGAGAGUGUACACACAUUCUUCCAAGAAAAUUUGUGAAUCGAUGCAAUGAGUAAUCCGCGAUAACAAUUAGAUUAGACGAUUAGGAUUUCAAUUGAAUUCGCGAUAAUUUUUUUUUCACUUUCAAUAAACUACCUUGGGAAUCCACGUGAUCGAUGCUAUCGCAAUCAAGCAACUGCAAUAUUUCAUGACUCUUCAUGAGGCAGGAAGAAAGAAUUUUUCCGUAAAAUAUGAUAACAAUAGCAAUCAAGUUUGGUUAUCAAACUCAUUGAAUUGUUUUUUACAGAUGCGAUUGACCCAAAUUAUUAUGUUUUUCAACAAAUUGUUUUUAUCGAAUGGGAAAUUUACUUAGAGAUUUUAGUGAGAAAAGAGUGAAUUUUGAUUACAAAUACCUUAAGCAAUGCUUAUUU